UUCCAGACAAGUACUAGGGGGAGGGAGACACGGACCGAGACAAGAUGGCGGCGUCGGCGUCGCAAGGCGGGAGAGGCGGCGGUGGCGGAGGCAGUAGUGGGGCUGGCGGCGGCCCCAACUGUGGGACAGGCAGCAGCCGCAGUGGUUUGUUGGAUAAGUGGAAGAUUGAUGAUAAGCCUGUGAAAAUUGAUAAGUGGGAUGGAUCAGCUGUGAAAAACUCUUUGGACGAUUCCGCCAAAAAGGUGCUCCUGGAAAAGUACAAGUAUGUGGAGAACUUUGGUUUAAUUGACGGUCGCCUCACCAUCUGUACCAUCUCCUGCUUCUUUGCCAUCGUGGCUUUGAUUUGGGAUUACAUGCACCCCUUUCCAGAGUCCAAGCCGGUUUUGGCUUUGUGCGUCAUAUCCUAUUUUGUGAUGAUGGGGAUUCUGACCAUUUAUACCUCCUACAAGGAGAAGAGCAUCUUUCUUGUGGCCCACAGAAAAGAUCCUACAGGAAUGGAUCCUGAUGAUGUCUGGCAGCUGUCCUCCAGCCUCAAAAGGUUUGAUGACAAAUACACGCUGAAGUUGACCUUCAUCAGUGGGAGGACAAAGCAGCAGCGAGAAGCCGAGUUCACCAAGUCUAUUGCUAAGUUCUUUGACCACAGCGGGACACUGGUCAUGGAUGCAUAUGAACCUGAAAUAUCCAAGCUUCAUGACAGUCUUGCCACAGAAAGAAAAAUAAAAUAGCCAAUUCUAAAAGCGUUCUUUCUGCUGGAUCAUACAAGUUACUGGUGGGUAGGGGAAUUUGGUCAAGUCUGAAAUGUUAAGAAUGCCCCUAUAUAGUCCACUCUGGAUAAAUAGAAUUUCCUAGUGCAGAUAUCAAAGUUGUAUCUUUUGACUGCUUGCUGUAGCCUCCUUUGGUCUGCUGAGUGAUUUUGUGUUGUUUUCCUUAAGAAGCAUUUUUGUAACAGCUAAGCAUCCUUUUUCCUUUGUACUUAAUAGUACUUUAUACAGUACAGCUCUGUGCCGUGCAGCGUUUGAAUGCUCAGUUCUUAGGAACUAUUAACCUUGCUGGUGUGGUAGUGCUCGCCUUUAAUCCCAGCACUUGGAAGGCUGAGGAGGGUGGAUCGAGUGGGAGGCCGUCAUGGGUUGUAGAGCCAGGCCCUGUCUUGGGGAGUGGGUAUUGUUAACUUGUUGCUGACUUUGUGUUAAUCCCUGGUUCGGCAACAUUUCCUUAAAUCCAGGAUACAACUUCUUAUGUAUGACAGCUUUCUUUUACACACCAUUUUUGUGGGUGUGUAUAUAUAUUUGACUUGGGGAGAAUUAUUUUUUAAAAAGAAAAUACAAAAUAGCUUUUAAUUUGUUUAAAAUAGACCUGCCUGUUACAUUUUGUGCUCUUGACCAAUUAAAGAAGCCAGUGGCAUUUUUAGUUUUCUAUUCUCUGUUUUCCACUAGUAUUGCUCCUGUUGAUUUGUUUGUGCCCUUUAUUAACUGCCAUUUUCUAAAAUUUUUUUCAAUAAAUGAAAGAAGAUGUGAAAA